CCCGGUCUUUUAUACCUGAACAGUUCUACAUACAGUCACCCUCUGCCUUUCAAUGAGUCAACUUCACGCAGUCAUGCAUUCCUCCGGUAAGCAUUUAUGACACAAAGCCUUGGUAAAUUCCCUCUAUGACGCUUGUUGCAUCGGUGAAAAAAAUGACGACAGACAUAUGUGACUCUCUCUCCGCAGCUGAUUUUGAAAUUGCUUUGCUCGGGAUCUUGCCGAUUCCGAGAGUGAGGUCGAUCGAGGUCUUGACCUUGUGGUUUUGCUUCCUCAAUGUUCAAGAUCGACUCAGGCUUGUCCUCUCGUCCCGUGGACGAGGAGGACGGCCCUCCCGGGCAGCGAGCUUCAAUUCAUGGUCGUAUGACCUCCGUUCGUGUAAGCGCAGAGACCACUCGUCCGUCCAGCCCCGGUCGCACACGUCACACCACCACUCCAGCUCGCCAUCUUUUGUCUUUGGCGGGACAUAGGUCCCAUUCUCCCUGGCAAUAUGGUCCUGGGUUGUCUUAUGGCGUUCGAAGUUGCCAUAUGAGCCUUGGGUCCAGAACCAUGCCGGUAUUCUGGAGCAGACACCGCAGAGCUUCGUGGCCGUUUUGUGCUUCCUUCAAACGUUGCUGGCUUUUUGCGUGCGAGUCGUCUCUCCAAUGUCUGAACGCCGAGACGCCUUUGCGGAACUCUUCGGGGCCGUCUGUGAUAAGGUAUUUCUUGAUUCGAGUCGUAUGGUACCCUGCGGCAGGAGGCUGGGCCGUGCUAGUCCUCCUCGGCAUCCGACUCGAUACUGUCGAGAUCCUCCUCCGGGGUGACCUUCUUGGUCGAGAUGCUGCCCAGCACAAAUUCCUACAAUGAUAACUCGCUUUAUCGACCCGCGGUCUUGCCCGACGAGCGAAACAACGCACACAAAGUACCAACGCUCCAAGGCCAGGCGCUUCACUACUUCCGCCUGAGCUCGGGGAGCCAGUCGGGGGAGACGUUGCCGUCUGACGCAGAAGAGCCGGAGUCUUAGUUAGGUAAGUUGGAGCGGGGCGACCAGACUUUGGAGUCGAAUGCGGCGGUCAAGGUGUCCAGUGCGAUUUUGGUGAGGGAGGAAAGGGCGAAGUAAUCGCCGACAGUGUAGACCUCGAAGCAGGAGACGAAGUUGGUUUUUGUGAUGGGGGAGAGAGGGCGGGGAUGUCGCAGAUGCCGGUGUAGAUGUACCGGAUAAGGAUGUCGAUGGCUUCGGGCUCAAAGUUCUCGAUGUUGACGGUGCCGG